CUUAAAAAUAAUGCUGUUUAUUUCACAUGUCUUAGAGGCCCUCUUUUGAAGAACCACAGUCAUGAAUGGCUUUAGACUCUUGCUUCGAAGCAACCAAUUCAUCCUGCUGCUGCUAUUUCUCUUGCAUUUUCACAGUCUGGGUCUGGAUAUGGACAGUCAAUCUGCUGCAGAAGUCUGUGCCACACACACAAUUUCACCAGGACCUAAAGGAGAUGAUGGUGAAAAAGGAGACACUGGAGAAGAAGGCAAGGAUGGCAAAGUGGGACGCAGAGGACCAAAAGGAGUUAAAGGAGAGCUGGGUGAUAUGGGAGCCCAGGGCAAUAUUGGCAAGUCUGGUCCUAUUGGCAAAAAGGGUGACAAAGGGGAAAAGGGUCUACUUGGGAUUCCUGGAGAAAAAGGCAAGGCAGGUACCAUCUGUGACUGUGGAAGAUACCGGAAAGUUGUUGGACAGCUGGAUCUUAGUGUUGCUCGUCUUAAGACAUCAAUGAAAUUCAUCAAGAAUGUCAUAGCAGGGAUCCGCGAAACUGAAGAGAAAUUUUACUACAUCGUGCAGGAGGAGAAGAACUACAGGGAAUCGCUGACCCACUGCAGGAUCCGGGGAGGGAUGCUGGCCAUGCCGAAGGAUGAAGUCGUUAACACCCUUAUUGCUGACUACGUCGCCAAGAGUGGUUUCUUCAGAGUGUUCAUUGGGGUUAACGACCUGGAGAGGGAGGGGCAGUAUGUGUUCACAGACAACACUCCAUUGCAGAACUACAGCAACUGGAAGGAGGGGGAGCCUAGUGACCCCUAUGGCCAUGAGGACUGUGUGGAGAUGCUGAGCUCGGGCAGGUGGAAUGACACAGAGUGCCACCUUACCAUGUAUUUCGUCUGCGAGUUUGUCAAGAAAAGAUGACUUCCCUCAUGUUACGCAGUCCCUCUUUUCCUAGGCCUCCUAGAAGUUACUGUUAUCCACCCUUGCUUUCCUAAUUUACACCACACUUUCUAAGAUGGUAUAAGGGCCUUGCCUCCACUAUCUUCUGUGUCAACUGUGAAAUUUUUGUACACGAUGUUUACUUGGGCCAUUCUUGGGGAUCUUCCUCUCACAUCUCUAUUUAAGCCUCUCACUUGAUGGAAGAAAAAAUCCAGAAUUCAGAAGGGAAAAGGAUGGAGUUGCUGCUAAACAGUGCAUAGUAUCGUACUUCUGUUAAAUUGCCCCUAGCUAUUAAUGACUUCAUUUUCAUAAAUGUAUUCAUACAGACAUUCCUUACCUUCAGCAUAAAGAAUAAGGGGGGAAGGGUUAAAGCCUUCAGAAAACUCUAAAAGCAUUAAAGUUCUACCCUCUCUAGGUCCCCUUCCUCUUAUGUCACUCAUUGAGGAAUUUUAUUGGAUACCUUUUCUUCUCUGUAAAUUAAUGUUGUUGGAGAUGACCUUCCUGUUAUUUUGACAUGAUAGAGAUAUGUCAGACACAGCAUUUGGAAUGUCUAUAAAAUCCUCAUUUUCUGAGUUGGCAACAGUGUUCCUUGAGCUGCAGAUCAAACCUCAAAGCAGCUUUCAUCUGGCAUUUGAAAAUAAACAGUUGAACAAAACUCUA